AAAUGUGUUUGCCAUCACUAGUACAUGUAAAAACAACGCAGCUGAAAAUAUUUAUCAAAAUAGCGAAAUCCUCAAUUUGUAUACCAUUAAUAGCUAAUAAGACAAAACAGAAAGAUGGGCAAGGGCUUCAACAACUACAUGUGUAAGAAAUUCUUCCACCCCGCCUCCAGGGACAAUCUCAAGAGGGUGUGGAUGGCGGAGCAGCAGGCGGAGGCGUACAAGAAGAAGCAGGAGGAGCUGCGCAACCAGUACGAGAAGGAGCAGAAUCUGCACGAGAACAAGGCGAUGCUCAGCAAGGACAGCAAGGACAAGUUGAGCGUGAAUUUCAUGUACGAACCUCCGCCGGGAGUGCGAAAGGAGCGCGAAAAGGACGACAACGAGCCGGAGUACAAGUUUGAGUGGCAGAGAAAGUACAACGCUCCCAGGGAGUCGUACUGCAAGGGCGACACUGAGAUCCGGGACCAGCCUUUUGGCAUCCAAGUGCGCAACGUGCGCUGCCUCAAAUGCCACAAAUGGGGCCACAUCAACACGGACAAAGAGUGCACCAUGUACAGCAUUUCGAUGAGCGAGGCUCGCAAACUGCAUGCGGAAACCGAGGCCAGCGACAUCAUGGCCAAGAACGUGCUGGAAGAGCAGAUGAAGGAGGACGGCCUCAUGAUGAAGCGAUCGGCGCUGGAGCUUCAGAGUAUCAAGACCAUCCAGCAGCAGCACCAGCUGGUGCCGAGCGACGGCGAAGAGGAGGCCAACGCCGAUCAGCAAAACCCAGAGCUCGUAUUCCUCAAAUCGCUGUCCAAGAAACAAAAGCUAAAGCUGCUCAAGAAACUAGAGAAGAUUGAACGAAUGAAGCGCAAGGGCGAGAGUAUCAAAAAACCAUCCAAGAAGAAAUCGAAAAGGCAAAAAGAGGAUAAGGACAGCAAGAAAAAAAAAUCUAAGAAAGAAAAAUCAGGCAGAAAAGGAAGGAAAUCUUCAGUUAGCGGCAGUUCAGACUCCUUAUCUUCCUCGAGUAGCAGCGAUUCCGAGGACAACCACAAAAGUAAUCAUAAGGAAGACAAAAGAAGUGGUCAUCAAAGGUCUAAGGACUCGGAGCACACCCACCAACGACGAAGAGAUGAAAGUAGGCAUCGCAGGGUUAGAUCCCGCUCCAGAAAUCGGUCGCGGUCCGCCAGUAAAGACAGAAGGCGGGAAAGCGAGCGCAAGGAGUACUCCAGGCGAUAGUAUUAUCUUUGUAAUACCACACCAAUAAAUUUUAACAUUUUAUAUCAUACAAUUA